AUGGACACAGACAACGAGGCUGCGCACGUCCGUGUGUUCUACGACGCGUUGCGCGGCAGCAGCGACGGCCUCACCAUCACGCACUUUCUGCUCCCGCUGUACUUUUUACAGCAUGCAACAUUCACUUUGGUGGACGCCACAGCUGUCUUUGACCUCGUCAAAGGCAAGGCACGGACCGACAUCAUGUCACUGCGGGAGUAUGCGACCGCGCUCACCAAGAUCGCCAAGAUUCGCUACGUGACGAUGCCGCGAAGCCUCGCGCGACUUCUCACCGACAUGCAAAGUUGGCGCGACGUUGCCGCCGUCACGUCGUUUCAGCCCAGUGCACUCUUGUCCAACACUGUCUCGGGCUAUGACGAUCUUCGGCUGCAAAUGCUGUCGCCCGGCGCCGUCGAGAUGCUGCGCCUCUACAACCACACCAUCGCCAACGCCUACCACAUGUAUCGGCGCGUGUCGCCGACAGCCGACGCCAGUGUCGAGACCAUCUCGCUCGAGGGUGUCGUGGACUUCUUUGGUGGCUAUUUCGUUCACCCCGAGUAUGCGUCGACAGAGGACGUGCACGAGCUGGCCAAACAGUCGAGUGCGCUCUGGCACCGGUUUGUCGAGGUGAACGUAGUACCGUCGACGGUCGUUGCGACGCCCAACGCGAUGUCGUACCCGCAGUUUUUAGAGCUCUUGUGCCGUGUGAGUCAUAUUGUGCAUCUCAAGCUGCUCCGCGAAGAGCAUGGGCACAUUCGCCGGCACAUUCAAGUCGCAAGACUCGAGCACAGCCUCAAAAUCCUGCUCGACCACAUGCAGUUUGACCCGCACGUGGCCGUGAUCCCUUCGCUCCAGUCGCAGCGGCCAUCGUCCCCCAAGCUCGGGCGGCUCGAGACGCUCGUUCAAGACAUUCAAAAGUCCAUCGCGACCCUCUCCCAGCGCACUCUCGAGGUCCUGGACGCUCAAGUGGCGCAGGUUCGAAUCGAAGAGGACAACGUCUUGCGCGGGAAAGACCGACCCACGUACGCUCUGGACGUUGUCGUCAUCCACGAUGUGCUUGCCGUGCCCAAUUUUGACACGACUGUGCGGCGCAAGGUCGAGUGUGCGCUCGAGUACCAAAACAGCGGCCAGCUCCACAUGGCGUGGUCGAUGCUCCACGACGCCGAAAAUGAACUCACCGCUGCGAGCCGCUUUAACGUGAUGGAUUCCGAGGCCCAGCUCUACUUUGCCUUGUCCAAAGGCGCGCUGUUUGAUUCUGAGCGCCGCGACGUCGAAGCGCUACAGCAGUACAUGGAGGCACUCGGCGUCGUGGACAGCCUCCCGCCAUCGCACCCCGGCCGCGCUGUCGUCUGGAGCUGCCUCGGGUCGACGUGCUACUACGGCGGCGCGACGCUUGUCGCGUUGAAAUGCUUUGAUCGCGCCGUCACAUUGCGCGAAGAGACGCUGACCGAGACGCAUGUCGAUACAGCGACGUCGCUCAACAACUUGGCGUGUUGCUUUUACGCCCUCGGCAAUAUUGGGCAUGCUGCCGUGCACUUCCGCGCCGUCCUCCGCGUCUUUGAGAGCUGCCUCGAGCCGUACCACCCGCGCACGGCGGUCGUCCAGCGCAACUAUGACAUGGCGCGGCGACACCAAACACGGUUCCUCCAUGACGCGGGACAUGUUCACGCCCGCGACGACCUCAAGUACCUUAUUCCAGGCAGUACGUUCCAGAUUGGGUGUUUGGAGCGCGUCGAGGCGCCCAAGAAAGUCCCGAAAGUUCGCGCUGAUUAA